CCGCGACGCGCGGCUCAUGGACACCCCGCUGCUGCAGGAGUCGCCGCGCCGCGACACGGUCGCUCCGCCGAACCCGCCCUCUCCGCCGUCCCCGCUGCCGCCGCCGCUUCACCCGGCGCCGGGGAAACAGCGGGAGGAGAAGAAAACGGCGCUGAGCAAAGUGGUUAUUCGAAGGCUUCCUCCUUGUCUAACUAAGGAGCAACUGGAGGAACAGCUGCAUCCUCUACCUGCCCAUGAUUAUUUUGAGUUUUGCACUGCUGACCCCAGCCUUUAUCCUCAUCUCUACUCAAGAGCAUACAUUAACUUUAGAAAUUCUGAGGACAUCCUUCUUUUUAGAGAUCGCUUUGAUGGCUAUGUCUUCAUUGAUAAUAAAGGUUUGGAAUAUCCUGCAGUCGUUGAGUUUGCUCCAUUCCAGAAGAUUUCAAAAAAGAAGCUGAAGAAAAAAGAUGCCAAAGCUGGGAGCAUUGAAGAUGAUCCAGAAUAUAGGAAAUUCUUAGAGAGUUAUUGUGCUGACGAAGACAAGAUUUGUGCCAAUCCUGAGAUUCUUUUGGGAGAGAUUGAGGCCAAAACAAGGGAACUCAUUGCUAGAAGAACAACACCCCUUUUGGAAUAUAUUAAAAAUAGAAAAUUAGAAAAGCAGAGAAUACGAGAAGAGAAAAGAGAAGAACGAAGGCGGAGAGAAUUGGAGAAGAAGCGUUUGCGGGAGGAAGAGAAAAGGAAGCGCCGAGAAGAAGAAAGACGUAAAAGAAAAGAAGUGGAGAAGCAAAAGAAAAUUUCUGAAAAAGAAAUAAGGAUCAAGCUUCUCAAGAAGCCUGAAAAAGGAGAUGAGCUGGCCAGUGAAAAGCACAAAGAAAAAGGUGAAGAAGCUGACAUUGAGGAAAACAAAUGGGAUAAAUCAACUGGAUCUGGGAGCAUAAAAUCCAAAUCUUUGGAGAGUUCACUGAAAGAACUUAAGGAAAAGUCACAAAAUGAUAGUGACAAAGAGCAAAGAGAUUUGGAGAGAAGAUUUCGAGAAAAAGAACCUGAAAGACAAAGGAUCGUCCAGCCAUGCAGUUGUACCAGCCAGGAGCUCGCAUCCGAACACAUAUGGGACCUACAAGUAAAACCUAUGACUGCAGUGGGAAAUCCUUUGAAGAUGCUCUUGAUAAAAAGUAUGAGGCAGAUAAUUCAGCUGGAGCUAGUUCUGAAAAGACUGAAGAAGCAGAAUAAAACAAUCUGGGGGAAAAGGCUUGUGAAAAGGAAUGAAUUUAAGAUUCAGCGUCAUCACAAAAAACCCACUGAGCUAUUUCAGACCUCCACAGGCAAUUGCAUCAACAAAAUAAUAAUAGCUCUGCCUCUUACUUUCUGUAAAAUAAAGGGAAGAGUGCCUGGAGGUAUAUAAAAUAUCUUACAGCAAAGGAAUAUUGCUGCUUUUUUACAAAAAGCAGAUCAAGCACUCUUUAAUCUAAAAGCAGCUCAAAUAUUUUAUUAGAUUUACCUUGAAUUAGAAGACCCUCUAACAAUUUUAAGGGAAUAUUUAUAUGAGACUUUACAGAAGCUAUGUCAUCUUUUUGAGUCUAAAGAAAUGAAAUGUAAACUUGCAUCAGUUUGAAUUCUGAGGCGCUUUACAUGUAUUUGGUGCAUGACUUGAGGGUCCACAGGACCCGUUCCUGCAAAUGGCAGGGGCAGGGGCUGCUGCAGCGUGUUGCAGUCAGACUCAGUGGGACCAGCCCUGGGACAAAGCUCUGGAGCCAGUGGUGUUUGCAGGAUGAGGCCCACGGUUUACACAGUUAUGAGGAAUGUCCGGUGCUGUGUGUAUCUCAUGGUGUUUAUGUUGGUUUUCAAUUAACCAUAGUGUCAGAUAAAUGUUAGUAAAGCCACAAGUAUGUUGUUGGAGAGUUUGUCAUUUUUUGAGCCACUUUUGCCUUUUAUGUUUUAAUAGAUUCCUUGCGCUUAAAACAGAAGAUAGCUAAUGCAAACAUCAACACAUUAACAAUAAAUCUGGGUUUAAUUAAUUAGCUGGUUUUUACUGUUCUGACACUGACUUUUCGACAAAAAAAGUGGUUGUACAGUGAUGACUUUUUAUAUGCUAAUGUUUCAUAUAAGUUGCAGUAACAGGAUUCGGAAAAUAUAAGAUACAGGAACAGUCUGCAGUUUUAUUUGUUAAAAAAUUAAACACACAUGAAUGUCAAUUGCAAACUACCAUUUUGUAAGAUCUAGGCCAGAUUUUGCCCUCUAAGGCAGGCAUGAGUGUGUGCGUGUAUGUGUGUGUGUGUGUGUCUUCUGUUGGUUUCAAUGACAGACAUGUGUUCAUUAAAGGGCAGGAUAUGUUCAUUUAUCUUUCAUGGCUGAAAACUUCUCAGUUGUCUAAAACUGAGACCUGCUUUGUCAUUGAAGUUAAAUAGUAACAUAUUAAUUUAUUUUUACAUCCUCUCUGAACAUUUUAUUAUUAAGCAUAACAUCUAAUUGUCCUAGACUGAAAAUUAUUUAUUGUAUUUUACCAGAUUAAAUAGAAUAAAAGCAAAAAAGAUUUUGACUAUGAUUUUGA